AUUUUGUCGUGAGUCGAUGUAUUCAACGAAAGCACGGAACAUAACGCAAAUUUCAUACUUUUUACACACAGAUUUCUAACAAGUACAGUUCCAUUGAUUUCGUUUCGAUCAGUCAGCGAUACGAAAAUCGCGUUUCACAUUUCUUAAAACAAAGUUUCUUCGAAAACAAAGGUUCGUCGCGGUCAAAAACAUUCGCAAAGAACAUAUUUAAACUCGUAUGUUUUCUACAAAUAACAACGUAUCAAGUAAAGAGUUACAUUUCAUUUAUAACUGACAAAUCAAAUAUUUCAAAAACAUCUACGAAACUUCAAAUGUAUACCAAGGGAAAAGAAAUACUGAUCCAUUAUGUCUCAUUGAAAGGCAUUUUCCAAGAAUGUGCGUUUUGGUCAGUGGACAACCAGUCGCAUGCGAAUAUCCCGUCGUCUGUAUUGAUGAAAAUAAUGAUAAUAAUACAACUACUCAACUGCCCAUGCGGAUCAGAAACACAAGAUAUCAAUCACAUUCUAUGGCAUCUCCAUGAGGCGCAAAGAACCAACAUGAUCAACCGCUUGCUUAAAAACGGA